AUAAAAUUAAUAAUAAAAAGAAAAAGGCGUCGCGAAUAAUUAGUGCUGAUUCGAAGUGAUAUCGCGACGAAGGAGGCGCUGCUUCUAAGCGGGCUCGAUACGCACAGCUUUUUUUGGAUUUUGUAUUCGGAAACGGGACUGGGAGCGGAUCUGUGUUCUGUGGCUUCUGGGAAAUUCAAAUUGGGGAGGGGAUAGUUUCUGGGGUUUGAUUUUUGGAGUGCAGGAGGUAGAAGAGAGGAGAAAGAUGAAUAUAUUUAGGUUAGCAGGGGAUAUGACUCAUUUGGCGAGUGUUCUUGUUUUGCUCCUCAAGAUUCACACUAUUAAAUCCUGUGCCGGCAUUUCACUGAAGACUCAGGAGCUCUACGCCCUCGUCUUUGCGACUCGUUAUUUGGAUAUAUUCACUCGCUACAUCUCCCUCUAUAACACACUGAUGAAAUUAAUAUUUUUGGGAAGCUCUUUCUCCAUUGUUUGGUAUAUGAGGAGGCACAAGAUCGUCCGGCGAUCUUACGACAAAGACCAGGACACUUUCCGCCACUAUUUUCUGAUCAUACCCUGUUUGUUAUUAGCCUUGCUUAUAAAUGAGAGGUUUACAUUCAUGGAGGUUAUUUGGACUUUUUCGUUGUACCUGGAAGCCGUCGCCAUUCUUCCUCAGCUGGUCUUGCUGCAGAGAACAAGAAACAUCGACAACUUGACCGGGCAAUAUGUUUUUCUCUUAGGUGCAUACCGAGCGUUAUACAUUUUGAACUGGAUUUAUCGCUACUUCACUCAACCUCACUUUGUACACUGGAUAACUUGGAUUUCGGGUCUCAUCCAGACAUUGCUAUACGCCGAUUUCUUUUACUAUUACUUCCAAAGCUGGAAGAACAAUGCAAAGCUCGAGCUGCCUGCGUGAGGAAAUGCAACGAUGACAAAUUCCUCCUCGACCCGUGAUUUAUAAAUUCAUUUUUUCGGUUUUUACCAACUCCAGAAAAAUGGCAAUGGCUACUUUGAAUGUGCCCUGAGGUAAAAUAGUUAAAGAAGAAGAAGAAGAUGAUGAGAGAAAAGUGGUGACAGACGUUUACUUGGAUGUGUUAAACUGUGAAUGAGAUUGAAUUGAUUAUUCAUCCUUUCCAUCACUUUCUCAAAAUCUUUCUAUCUGUAGACUGUAUUUGUAUUUGGAUUUCGUAAUUUCUACUUAAAUUACAAAU